CUUUCUUCCUCCUCCCUCUCUCUCCCUUUUUUAUUUUUAAAGAAAAUAGAUGCCUGGCAGAAGGGGCCCAGCUGUGUCGGUCUCUGGCCAGCCAGUGAGCUCAGCAAGGCACAGCCGGUCCUCAGGACCCCCUUUCCGGGGAAGGCAGGGGCCGCUGGGCAAAUUUUGAGACUACUCAGUCACCACCAAGGGGCCUCAAGAGGGGCUUCCCAAGGCAAUAGCAGGCAUCUGGUGAGGAGGCGAAAGGGUUUUGCCUUGAUCCCAAACUCUCAGGACCGCACUUACACCUGAACUCCAGACCCCUGCAUGGUUGCUUCGGCUGUUUUUUCCUUUCAACUAGGCCACAUAGCCCCAGCCGGGCUCUUCUUCUGGGGUCCCUGUCCUGCUCUGCUAUUCCUCGUUCCUGGGCUAAGGAUGGAGGAGAGGUCAGGAAGAGAAUUCCAAACUUCUAGAGGGACCGAAGAAGUGAAAGCUUUCUCCUUCCAACACUCGUCUUAGCCCUACCAGCUCGGCCUGGGUGCUACGGAUGGGCCACCGCAGCCCUGUCAGGAAGCAGGCCAGGCUGAGCUCAAGGGGGGAAGCCUUUGCGAUAAUUGUUUUUCACACAUAUCUUUCACCCUCCCCCGCAUUUCCACGCCCAACUCGGAGACCUGUAAGGGAAGGGCAGCUCAAUCUCUGAUCAUCUUAUCUAGAGAUAAAAUAAUAAGGAUGAUGAUGAUGAUGACGACAGGGAGGACAGAGAGACGAACCCCACUGCCACGAAAGUGGAUAAAGGCUCAGUCGUGUCUCUCCUAUAAAAGGUUCAACCCUGCGGGUGAGCCUAGGCCGGGUUUCUUUCUAGCCCGGCGGUUUCAAGCAGUCAGCAGGGAGGCAGCGGAUGCCGCCAUGGCGGUCUGCGGCCCGUGCUCCCGCUGUUCGCCGGGAGGUGGCGCGCUCUGCUCAGAGGCCGCCGCCAACCUUCUCCCUGUUUCUCCCCCUUCUCCUUUUUUCCCCCUCUCGGAGGCUUGCAUUGAAUCGGCCCUAACGAUUCUCGGAUCGUCAUUAUUUGUAACCAUAGAGCAUGAAUUACCUCUUGAGGUCAUCAGCGAGAAUUUACGACUGGUCAACAAAAGCACGUGAUUCCCUAACGCCCCCCCAUCCCCCUUCUACCCCCCCCCAUAUUUGGCCGCAUACAUAGCAAAACGAAGUACAGUGCAUCGCUAUAAUUCAUUAAUACAUCAUAAAUCGUGAAGCACAGGGUUAUAACGACCACGAUCCACAAAUCAAGCCCUCCAAAAUCACCCAAAUGAGCUCGUACUUUGUAAACUCCUUCUCGGGGCGUUAUCCAAAUGGCCCGGACUAUCAGUUGCUAAAUUAUGGCAGUGGCAGCUCUCUGAGCGGCUCUUACAGGGAUCCCGCUGCCAUGCACACCGGCUCUUACGGCUACAAUUACAAUGGGAUGGACCUCAGCGUCAACCGCUCCUCGGCCUCCUCCAGCCACUUUGGGGCGGUGGGCGAGAGCUCGCGCGCCUUCCCUGCGCCCGCCCAGGAGCCCCGCUUCAGGCAAGCGGCGUCGAGCUGCUCCCUGUCCUCGCCCGAGUCCCUGCCCUGCACCAACGGCGACAGCCACGGCGCCAAGCCCUCUGCUUCGUCCCCCUCCGACCAGGCGACCCCGGCCAGCUCCAGCGCCAAUUUCACCGAAAUAGACGAGGCCAGCGCGUCCUCGGAGCCUGAGGAAGCGGCGAGCCAGCUAAGCAGCCCGAGCCUAGCUCGGGCGCAGCCAGAGCCUAUGGCCACCUCCACAGCCGCGCCCGAGGGACAGACUCCGCAGAUAUUCCCCUGGAUGAGGAAGCUUCACAUCAGCCAUGAUAUGACCGGGCCGGACGGGAAAAGGGCCCGGACCGCGUAUACCCGCUACCAGACCCUCGAGCUGGAGAAAGAGUUCCACUUCAACCGCUACCUGACACGGCGGCGGCGCAUCGAGAUCGCCCACGCGCUCUGCCUGUCGGAGCGCCAGAUCAAGAUCUGGUUCCAGAACCGGCGCAUGAAGUGGAAGAAAGACAACAAACUGAAAAGUAUGAGUCUGGCUACAGCCGGCAGCGCCUUCCAGCCUUGAGCCCGCCGGGAGGAGCCCCGGGCGGCCCAAGAGCCCCUGCCGCCCCCAGCCCUGGCCCCUCCAAGCCUCCCCGCGCUGCCGCCGCCCGAUGGGGACCGGUUCCCAUGAGCCUGCCUCGCCCGGGCCUUGUGUUACGAUUUUUCGUUUGGUCUUAGGUCUUCCUGUGGCUCCCUCUCUCCAGGACUGGUUUAUCUUGUUAUUAUUGUUAAUAAUAAUGAUAAUUAUUAUUUUCCCUCCAUGCUCCCCACUCCCCUGUGCUCACCCCAAUCCGCCAGUGUUUCUGAAUGUUCGUGUCUGUGGUUGCAUUCCUUUCCCCGGGGAAAAAAAGAAACUCGCAUGUUUAAUGUGAACUCUCCCCCUCCCCAUCUGUGUUCUUCUAACUUAUUUAUAAAAAGAUGGUCGCUGUAUUUUGAGUUUCAGCUUGAAACUUCUCUCAAAGGGGAAGCAGUUGAGGUAGGAUAGUGCCGCAGUGCCCCGGGCCCAGCUGAGCUGGCCUCCGGGUUGGAAUCGGUGACUGUGUCUCUUUCCACCUUCCUUUUCCUCCUCCCUCCUCUCUCCUGGGCCCAAGUCUCCCUUGGCUUGGUCCUGGGGUGGGAGGGGGCCAGGAAGGUCCAAAGGGGUGAUAUUGAGAAGAGGGAAGGUAAAUAGUGAAAUUUAAGUUCCUGCCGCCUGGGUAGGCCCCACAAGGCCUGGUCUGGGAGUGUCAGGAAACAAAAAUAAUCCUCAGUGUAAAAUGUCUUGUGUAUUUCUCUGUGAAUCCAAGGGCCUGGUGUCGAGGGCCCAAAGCUUGCAAAUAUGGGGAGGGUCUGGGUCAGACCCAUCCCCUCCUCCCUCCCCAUUUCGCAUUUCGCUUCCAAGACCGUUUGUAGUGAGCGAGUGGAAGCUGUGCUACGUGUGAAAUCUGUCUUUGCCGGGCCUGUCUCAGUGAUUCGCUUUUGGUAUUUGUUUGUAGCUUUCCUUGAAGUCAAAUAAAUGUUUCCCCUACUCCA